CUGAGAGUGACAGGUGGCUGCCGCCAGCCUCGCCUGCCCGCCGCGCUCUCUCCCUGCAGAUCUCCCGCUCCCGUCCCGCUCCUGGGCUCGCCAUGGUCACCCCUUCGGCCCGCUGGUGCUCCGUGGCGCUCACCCUCCUCUUCUUCCUGCACGAAGGGGAGGGCCAUCUGCCUCCAGGAUCCGUACCUGCCAAGGGAGACCAAAGCAGCCACUUGCGCAUCAAGAGAUGUUCCUGCAACAGCUGGCUGGACAAGGAAUGCGUCUACUUUUGUCACUUGGACAUCAUCUGGGUGAACACGCCAGGACAGACCACUCCUUACGGCCUGGGAAACCCGCCAAGACGCCGCCGCCGCCGAGCCCUGAGCAGGUGUGAGUGUGCCAGCUCCAGAGACCACACCUGUGCCACCUUCUGUCACCUUCCCCAGCCAAGGUACCUGGCUAAGCCAAAGAUGACCUUCCAUAGCGGGCCUCCCGCAACCUCUCUUCUUCAGGAUCCAAGGGCGGCUGCCGGCAGCCGGCUCCUCAGGGCACUAAGGGACAUCGCCAAAUCCCAAGAGCAUUUGUGGCAACGCAAGUCUUUAGGAGGUGCCAGACCCAACCUUCUGUCUCACAGGAGGAAGCGAUAAAAAGGGAAUGCAGCAUUGGCCUGAAAAAACCCAGGUGUCCAAGGGCUUCCAGACUCCUGGUCCAGUUAGAUGUAUGUAGGAAGAAAGUUGGAAAAGCAGCAUGAGGGCAUGUGGGACAAUGGAGCCUGACAUGGAGGGUGGACACGGUGCUGGACACUGAACACCCUAGCUCCCCACCUCCAAACUGCUGUUGCUGCUGGGGACCUGUAACGUCAUCCUGGGCAACUCUUAGAGGGGUCCACGGUGGAUUGUGCCAACUCAUGGGGUACACUUGGACAAUUUGGCCUGGAAGCCCAAAGUCAUUCCAUCCCAGGCUCAGACUGCAGCAGGAAGGCCUAUCCUGGAGUGUUAGUUUUCUUCCUUGCCCUUCUUCCAACGUUGCUCAUCAACCAAGAUGCUUUUCUGCCCCGUGUUCCUUCUUUCAUUCCUUCAGAGGACAAUGUGAUACAGUGGAAGAAGCAUUCAAUUGGAAGCACAAGACCUUGGGUUCAAAUCCUGACUCUUCUACUUACACUGGGGCAAGACUCCUCAGACUUCAGUUUCUUCUUCUGAAACAUCAAAAGGGAGGGGCUUGGAUGAACCAGACAGCCUCUAAGGAAUCUUUCAGUCCUAGAUGUUCUAUCCUGCUGAGGUUCUACUAUGUCUGUGCCAGGCUGUGAGUAGGAGACACAGAGCUAGGUAGGAGACUCUGAUCACUUGGAGCAUCCUGUCCUUCCUGGACUAGCCAGACCUCACUUCCAUUCUGAAUAAUGGAUAUUGUUCUAGCUACAACUCUUGGGGAGAGAGGAGGGGGCAGAUAGACAGAAAAUGAAAAAGAGAAAGAGAGAAAGAAAAGAGAAAGAAUGAGAGAAAUAAGAUGAAAGAGAGAGAAAAUCAGGGAGGUAAGCUGCAGCCUUGGGCCAGGACCUGUCUGACGCUCACCAGCAACAGUGACAACCACUCAUGGUAGCCCCUCUUUACUCUUCACUGGGGGGCAGUUGAUCUCAGCACAGACUGAGCAGGAAGUCCAGGGCUGCCCUCUGAGUCUCCUGUAUUCCAUCUACUCCACCUCUGUGUUCAUUUUAAAAUGUAAAAGAAGUUGGUAGGGGGAAAUACUGGGUACCAAAGUCACCCCAGCCCCCAGAGCCAGAAGGCUUUGCUUGUCCAGGCUCAAGUCUACCCAUCAUCUGCCCCUUGUCCAUCCAUCUCCCUAUCUGGCAUCUUUGCACAAUUCUAUUCUUGUUUCGUCCUCCAAGACACUGUUACCUUUUCCUUAAACUAAACCAAAGACUGGCAUGAAGUAAAAAGUGCCUUAUCUCCCCUGCCUGUAUAUAAAUUAUUUGUUACAACACUACAAUCAUUCCAAAUAUUUAUUUUUUGUAAAUGACUGGAUUGUUUACAUAAAAACUCUGUUUGUAAUAAAUAGAAAACGAUU